CGUUCCGUUGCAACAAAGUCAAGCAAAGGGGGUGGUACUAUAUGACGAAGAGGUGAGAUAUCUGAGGUUGAAGACGCCAUCGACCGCAUCACAAUGUGCCCCCCUGUGUGAAACUGAGAGUGGGAUUUCCUUAAAUGUUGUGUCGUAAUGACUCGUUCACACCCCCCACACAGUGUCUGCAUCUGACACAAACAAAUGUCACGUUAUAUUGCUGCUGCAGAAUAUCUCUCAAGUAUCAAGACAUAUUUAGAUAUUUUAACUGCCCUUUAAUGUUAUUCUGAAUUCCUUGUUGCAUAAUGUCAGCUAUGCAAACUUCUGCUUCCUCAAAUAUUGAGUCGCCGUUGUGGGCGCUUUCACUUUCCCUACAGUGUGAGGUGGUGGGUCACAGUGGAGAAUUCACGGGGAAAUUUAGCCGCCAGCUGGGGGAGUUUCCAUUGCAGCAGAGGCGGAGUAACACACUGAAGCGCUUCAGCUGCAUGUGAGGGCUUGUGUAUCUGAGAAGUACAAGUAGGGUGUUCAAAGUGUUUGUACAGCAGCAGUAAGUCGUAGUGUAAACUUUGUUCCACCUGAACACUGACUAACUUCACAGCUUUGCUCCUGACACCUUUCUGUCCUGUACAAUGACAAAGUGGUGUAAAAAUAUGAAGUUGCUGGAGCUGGGAGACUCCAUCAACCGCUUCAGGUUUUCUCAGUCCUGCCUGGGUUUGGCAGGCUGCCUGUGUGUGUGCUUUGCAGUGUGGACACCGUACUGGCUGAAGGAUAGGGGACUCUGGACAGAGUGGAAUAACACUGAAAGUGACCAGGCAAAUCGUCGAUAUGGCCCUGUCUUCAAUGCCCUGGAAGCAGAGAGAGUAUUUGGAUUCCUCUCCUUCCUCAUGGCUGUGAGCACCAGUGCUCUGUGUCUGGUGUUUGCCCUCUGCUGGACAUCUGAGACAGUGCGCUCCUACUCCAACACUCGCUCCCUCCUCAUGGCAGGGCAGGCCCUCUACCCCACCACACUGCUGCUGCUCACCAUGGCCGCUACAGGUUUCUUCUUCCUCCUCAGCUGGUCUCUCUUCACUUCUCACCACCGGGAGGAAAUAAGUCAAGACUUCUCCAGCCUCGGCUCCUCCUAUUGGCUAGGGGCUUUCGGUUGGGUGCUGCUGCUGGUGGUGGAGCCGAUUGUGUUUGUAGUCGAACAAGCUGUUGUGCCUGACAUCCUGCCAGACUUAGAGAAGUCCGUAGAGUCGUGGCGCAUUGCCUCUCAAGUUAAAGCCGCUAAACGCGAUUUCAGCGAUAGUUAUUACCCUGGUAACUGCAGAAGCAUCUUGGCUCCUGAGGGCCUUGAGUGGAGUUCAGAUCUAAGGACAUGACAGAGGAAAUGAAUGUGAAUGUUUAAGUUACACAUUAACGCACACAGACCCAAUGAGAAGCCGGCAAUUCCUCGCAGCUUUAUAGAUCUAUACAGCCAGACUGAGUAUUGAUUAACUGUGUUGGGAGUUAAGUGUGUGCCAGAGGAAUUAAGACUGAAUCCUGAAUGUCAGUGGGACUGAAGGCUCCAGCUUCCUGAGGAGCUGAUCAUCGUGGUUAGUCUCCAGUUUGCUCUCAGUAUGGACUGAACUGAAAUAAAAACACACUAAGGUCCAAAAACACUGGCUGGGAAACUUGGCACAUAGUAGAAGAUGAGAGGUGUUCUCUGACAGUGUGACGACAGGUGUUUGCAAAGUUUUGAAUUUCAUGUGCAGGUUUGCCCCUGGGCCAGGAGCAGAUCCAGUUGUGGCAGGUUUUACAGUUGAAUUUAUGUUUACAAAACACUCACAGAACAUUCAACACGUAUUUUUAACUGAAAGUUUCAGUAAGAAAUGCAAUGGAGUUGAUAAAUGUUAAAAUAGAGCCAUCUUGUGAUGCCCACGUGACACUUUUUACAGACCUCGACAAAAGAAAAAUGUUAUUUUGAAAUGAUUAAUGCACAUGACAGACACACAUUGUGUUCCUUUUGUUGUUCUCCUAUGAAGGGCGUCCUGUUGAUGAUAUGUAAUAAAUAUCUGUGGUCAAACCCUUUUUCAACGAUCAUUUAUUUUAGCACCAAUG